AUGCCCAACAGCGGGGCCUGUCAAAUCCGCAUUGAUAUACUAGUCGACCCUAAUGCUGCGGACUUGUGGGAGGGACAACACAGUCCCUCCACAUCUCCUGACAGUGGGGUGGGAAAGGAACAAAAGUACGACUUACUCAAAGCCCUAGAAAAUGACCGGUCGGAUACCUCAGGCAGCUCAGGGAUCGCCAACGGGUUUAGUCUGGACUUUGGUCUAACUACGGAGUACGGAGUACACCAGGGGUCUAAGACCUGCCAGCGUCCAGCUUUCCCCACUGCUCGGACGAAAGGGGAAAUGCUGGGGGGAAGUCGGGGGCUGUUCCAGGUUGCCUCUCAUUAUGCGUAUUAG